AAAUUAAAAUAAAUUUAUAAUAUUAAAAAUAAAAUGAGAGCACUACCAAAGUGCAAGUCCUCUCCUGACUGAGACAGAGUCUCUUACAUGAUCAGGAAGACUGACACAAACACUCUGGAGAAAAACCUGCUUGUCUGUUCUCUUUGCAUGAUGACAACAUAUUCAGAUCAAGACUCAGAACCCAUUCCUGAUAUUGACGUCAUUACAGAGUCUCUGAACCUUGCCGACUAUAAUGUCAGGAAAAUCGAGUUCUUCAAGAUCGAACACGGAUUGGAUCAAGCAUGGCAUACAGUGUUGCCACAACUUGAAGGCUUCAAGACCACUUGUGAUGAACUCAAGGAACAACUCAAAGUUAUUAAGAAGAGCAACCACUGGGAGCACCUAGUGGACAUCCACUUUGAAAUCAAAGACGUCAUAAAUUCACUCUUCAACUCUGGACUGAUGAAGAACUACACCAAGCAACUUCAUUGUGCGGAGUUCAGAGAGACAAGAGGGUGCAGAACCUUUGUCAGUGAUGGCUCCCAGGCUGUUGUCAGCAACAAAGUAAAUGAAAUCCAGGAGACUAUUACUGCUACACAAGUCAAUCCCCUCAAAGAGGCACUCAGAAGAGCUGCUCAGAGAGACAGAGAGAAGAAUACUCAGCUGGAAAGACUGGAGCAAGACAGGGAAGAGCUCGAUCAGACAGUUCAGACUUUGACACAAGAGAAGGAUAACUCCGAACAAGUUUCGGCGCAAAGACAACUGGAAAUCGACAGCCUCACCCAACAAAUCCAGACAUUUGAAGAAGACCAAGAGCACCACAACAGACAGGCCGAAGAAAUGAAACACGAGAUUCUCGCUCUCGAGGACACUUUGCAGCAAUCCAAGCACACUCUCGACCACGCUGGGUUAAAGGCAAUUCACAAUGCCAUGAUGAAGGCUUCGGAUUCAUUCAAUGAGGACUCAGAAUUUACAAUUAGAGUGAACACUACUGAUAGUCAAGAGUUACUGAAGGCUCUGCAGUUAUUCAGACUGCCCCCUCUGAAGAAGUUUUCUCUUUGGGACAUUCAUGCCUUCAACAAGCCUGAGGUGAUAACUAAGUUCCUGGGUAACGCCUUGAGCGAGAAUGUGAAAUACUUCUACUUCAACACUAACACUAAUUCCUGCCUUGACCUAAGUCCUUACAUGGACACUCUGACCAAGACCCUCCCCCUCAUCCCCUCCAGAGUUGAACUUGCCGACUGGACGAUGGCCAGCUCCCAGUUCCAAGACCUCCUCGUGGCUGCGCAGAAGGCAGACUAUGUCAAGUUUUGGGACUGUAAGAUAGAUGUAGGGGAGGAAGUGGAUUUUGGAGGCAGACUUGACCAAGCUGCUUUUACCAACAUUGAUUUUGAAGGUACUGGGAGGAGUGAGAGGAGCAAUUGGGCUCAAAAUGGGUUUGAACAGUUUAAAAAUAUUGUGAAGGGGUUGGCCAAAGUGGAGAGUAUUAAGAAUAGACAAGUUAGUAUUCAUUUGGGCAACUGUGGAAUGUCUAAAGAUCAAGCUGAGUCAAUAUUACAGGAGAAUGGAAUGAUCAAUAUGAUCGUUGAAGGGCUUUAAUUGGAAAAGAGAUGAAUAAUGGAGA